AUUGCAGGGAGCUAUUCUAAUAACUUUCACUUCUCAGUGAGAUCUGAUUGGACUGUUGGGCAGCUUAAUAUUUUUUUUACUGUCUUUUCUGGUGAAUGCUUCAGUAGCCUUAAUUCAGAUCAGCAGCCAGCGAGGUCCAACAGCAGUCCAGUCUACUCAGGUGUGCACCCCAAAGAGCAAGACAUGGCUGAAGAGUCACAGAACUUGGUGCCGGAGCAUGUUCCCGGACAAAGUGUGGUCGACGUGGGAAACAGGGAGCCACGGAUGUCCUGUAACAAAGGGAGCCUGGUGACAGCUCUAACAGUCCUUGUAGCCGUGCUGGUUGCCGGACAAGCUGUUAUGGCCUUUUUCAUCACUCAGCAGAAUUCCAGGAUUCAGGACCUUGACAGAAGCACCAAAAACCUCCAGCUGAAAGCGAUGAUGAAGGAACUUCCAGGAUCACCUCCUGUCCCAAGCAAACAAAAGAUGAGAACCUUCAAUAUCCCCAUGGCUUUGAAACUUUAUGAUGGCUCAGAAAUGAAUAUGAAUGACCUGGAGCAAAUGGCACAGACCGGUAAUAAAAUGGAAGAUGCUGCAAAAUACAUGUUGCUGAGAGGAAACCCUCUAAGGAAGUACCCAUCAUUGAAUGGCACCAUCCUGGAAAACCUGAGAGAGCUGAAGAAGACCUUGACUGACCAGGAAUGGAUGACCUUUGAUGCAUGGAUGCAGCAGUGGUAUCUCUUCUUCUUGGUGCAAAACACUGAAAAGCCAGCUGAACCACUACCAUCAACCAAGAAUACGGCAGUCACAGGCGCACCCCUGAUGACUGAGUGCCAGACACUAUCUAGGAUCCACACCAUGACUGGCACUUACAAGCCUCAGUGUGAGCAAAAUGGUGACUUUAAGCCGCUUCAGUGCUGGCCAAGCACUGGCUUCUGUUGGUGUGUUUACCAUAAUGGAACUGAGAUCCCUGAAACCAGAACUCGGUCAAGACUUGACUGCAGUAGUAUCAUGCAGCCAGAAGACCCCAUGUUUUUGGAAUCAAUAACCAGCAGUGAUGCUGACUUUGGACCCUUUGAUUAAAGCAUUGGAUGAGCGCAUGACCCUCUCUGCAUUAUCUAACCUGAUUCAUACAAAGAAGCAAAGAGGAUUCCUAUUAAUCGGACUUUAUGUUGUUACUAAUUGCAAUGGCAUUCUGGCCUCAGGUUAAGGCUUAAAGGUAGCGUUUACCACUUUUGUUUUUGAAUUCAUUUCAUUUUGUGUAACAAAUAAUGGAUGACAUGGCGCCAUUCAAUUACUUGGAAGAAACUGUGCCCACAGAUCCGGGGACUUGUAAUUUAACCCUACCCACCACUUUCUUGUGCCAAAAUGGCAAUGACAAACAGCACCAGAGAAGAUACUCAAAUUACUCAUUGUAGCUGCACAUGACUGAAAGGAAGCACCUACCAGGUGGCCAGACUAACUAGUACUUCUGAAAAGUGGCUUGUUCAAGUCCUUAUAUCAUGGACAAUUCCUCCACCUCUAGCCACUAACUAAUUGAGUAAUUUCUAUAUGGUAAAGGCCAAAGCAUCCCAAGUCAUUUGACAAUUCUGUAGAUACAAAUAGAGCUCUGAUUAAAUUGCUGUUUGUUCAUUCAUCUCUAAUUGGGUAUCAGUUACAAUACAAACAUGGCUGCCAUUUUCAUUUGUUUUCCUUUUUUCUGCUGUUAAUUGCUGCUUCUGUCACAUUUGCAGGCGUUUGCACCUUUUUGUAUAAUGUGCACCUCUAUUUCAUGCCUAAUAAAAUGAGUGGUUACA